UCCCGAUUCCACACUGACGCCGAUCGAAAUUCACUUCAGUUCUUUGUCUUAGCACGGUGUACUUGCCCACCUUUUAUACGUAGCGUGUUGUUUACGAAAUUAUUCCAAAAUGGGAAACGUAUUUGGUGGUCCGACGGUAGAGAACAGUUUAACUCCAAACGUGAACGUGAACGGUGACAGUGAAAUGGGAGAUCCUCGCGAUGAUGACAAUGAAGAUUUUUAUGAUACCGUCGAAGACUAUCAAGACGCUCGCAAUAGGAGGAAAGAGGAGCAGCUCAAUGAAUUCAAGAAGCAGCUAGAUAUUAAGCGCGAGCAGAGACGAAACAUUUUAGACAGACAUAGAGCCGAGAAGAAGAAUUUGGAGGAAGAUUUAAAUGAAGAAAGGAAGUCCAAGUUGGAACUGUUGAAGCAAAACAAAAUCCUACAGGAUCUACUUCAAGCAAAUAACAUCGAAAUACCAGAAUCGUGUCGGGCUUCCACAGAAUACGAGGACUUUUUGAAAAUUAUUGAGAAAAUGAAUGAAGAUGUUGAAGUGCUAAAAACAAACAAUAAUAGACUGAGGUCUGACUUGGCGAAUUCUAAUAAGGCUCUUCAGGAAGCAAAUUCUGAUAUAGCAUCACUCAGUGCACAGAAUACAGAGUCUAUUAAACAAAUAAACGCGCUAAAAGAAGUUAUCGCGGUAACUAAAACAAUGAUGAAUUUGCGCGAAAAUCAGUUAUUAGAGCUCAAAAAUAAAUUGAAUGAAAUCGAACAAUCACUCGCAGAUAGAGAAGCUAGCAUGCUCUCUACAGAUCUAAGACAAGAAUAUGAACGGCAGCUUAACAAUAUCAGAACAUUACGUGGGCUAUAUGAGGAAAGAGCGAGGUUAGCAGAAGUAACUAAACAAGCCCUGGUACGAGAUUUAGAGCAACAGAAAGGACUACUGCAAGCUGAAGUUUCAAAGAACGAAGAUCUAAACAACAAGGUUCAAGAACUCGAAAAUAAAGUUGACGUACUUGAAGAUACAGUUAACGACAAAAAUAGUUCAAUAGCAACCUUCAAAGAGGAGUGCCGUGGGCUGCAAAGUGAAAUGACGGUUGUAAAUAAGCUCUUCUCUCAGGUCUUACUUGGUUAUAAGUCCAAAAAAGACUUGGAUAAGCUUGUAACAAGACUUGAGGAAAAUCAUGGUAUAUUGACGCAUAUGGUCGAACAAGAAAAUGGUUCGGAAGGUUCAUCAGCCUUACCAAAGAUGUUGUUGGAAUUAGUAGGUCAAAUUGAAGAUAAUGAUGUAGGAUACACCGAAAAAUGUCAAGAUACUGACGCAAAUGAUGAUGAAGGAAAUGCAUCAACUGAAAAAGAAGCUACAGUUGGAAAAGCUGAGGAGAUUGUUCAAAAUCUACCUAAAGUGUGGCGCGUCCUAAUGGAGCUUCUUAGUCAUCAAAGUGAAGCUGAAACCAAUUCUUCUGAAAGAGUCACUACUUGCUACAAACCAGUUCAAACGAAAUCUGGAACAGUAUUAGUUCCCAGUGUUAGUCAGACCUAUAUUAGACUAAAGGAUUUAAUUCUAGAAAAGUUGGCUCUUAUUAAAGAAGUAAAUCGUAUGAAGCAAUUAAAUACUCAUUUAGAGUCACGCUUGCAAGAACAAGAGAAGCGACUGUGUUCAGUUACAAAUGAGUUAAGCAAAACAUGGCAUGUUGUGGGCAGGCUUAGAAGACAUCAUCAACAAUUACACACGCACGAAAAAAUCUUAAAAUACGAAUUACAACAAAAAAGGAAACUUUUGAACGAGCUUAAAGAGGAAUUAGAAUAUUGCAGAGAAAAAUGGGAGCAAGCUCGCGAAAAGAACACACAAUCUGAAAAGGAUUGGAAAAAGCUACGAAUGGAAUUUUCUAACAGAAAGCUAGACUCAAUGUCGUUCAAUAAUUCGGCUGAAAGUGGAUACAGUGAUGAGAGACCAUCGGACGAAUCGUCUGAAUCAAACGAUGAAAGCGAAUAUAUCAAAGAACCAAAACUUAAAUUUAAGAAGAAAUUGAAAAAAUCUUUUGAGACCGUCAUUGAUUCGAGCACUGAUAUAAACCUGGUAGCAGAAAGAGAUGAUCCUGUUAGUGAUAUGUUAGACGUCGCUGAUAUCUCUCUUGAUACUCAAGAAGAUAACAUGGAUACAUUUGACCAUUCCGACUCAUGUACGAGUGAAAAUGUACAAAGGAAUGAAAGAGUUGUAGAAACAGAAGAUGAAUGUCCUGAUAUAUCUCACGAUUUAAGUUCACACGAGACUGAUCUCCAAGAACAAUGUGAUGAUAGUGACUGUUCAGUUAUUCCAGUGUGUUCAAAUGAAAUAAGUGAGUCUUGCGGUAGCUCAAAAACCUCUCAAGAUAAUCAUGCAGUUAUAGGGUCUACAAAUGGGGAUUUAUCAGUUAAUGAACCAAAAACGUCAAAUUCUUCAACUUCAGAGGUAGCUGUAGCUGGCUCAUCACGGAUCGAAAAACCAAUCUUAGCACCAACAGUAGAAGUCGAUUUUAAAGCGAUUCUGGAAAGUGUUAAGCAACAAGACAAAAGAUUGCGAUUAAAAGAUGAAAGACUAGAAAACUUGGAGUAUUCUGCUUCUGUCGUUGUUUCAGAUUUAACGUCUACAUUAGAAGCAGAAGAAUGUAUGCUGACGAGAUUAGAUGAACUUAACGCUUUACACAAUAAAGAACGUUCAGACACAGAAUGUUCUAAAGAAGAAACACUAUAUCAGACUCUAAAAGGUGAAGAAGAAGUAGAUGUUCCAGAUAAAAACAUUGCAAAAAGUGAACCUUCUACAUCAAAUGAAACUUUACAAAUAAACACUUCCAAGCCCUCAACUAGUAAAACAGAAGCAGAGUCAGUCUCGGACAAAGCCAUUGUUGAAGUUGAUUUCAAGGCAAUUUUAGGUAACGUGAGACGACAGGAGGAGAAACUACGCGAAAAGGACAAACGGCUGCAUACUUUGGAAGAAGGAUGCUCAAACGUUGUAUCCAAUUUGACUACUACAUUACAUACAGGCGACACUAUGAUUUCUAAAUUAGACACGCUCAAAUCGGAACGUAAACAAGAAACUGUCGAAGACUGGAGUUCGAAUUUGGAAAAUACUGGCUUAGAAAAAGAAGACGAAACCAUAAACGAUGUAGUCGAUGUAGAAAACGAACCGUCGACAUCGAGUGAAAUCGAUCAUGAGGCUCGAUUCGCAGCUCGUGACAUUCGACUUAAACGAUUGGAGGAGCAGACAAAAUCACUCGUAAACAGAGUCAACAAAACAGCCACGAAGGGUGUAAAAAUACAUUACAAGCUGGAAGAGCUUCAAAAUAUUUAUUCUUCUGACAAUUCUCGAUCGGGAACACCAUCUGAUGACACAGAAGACAUAUCGCAAAAGACAGAUGAUGGCUCUCAAGAGGAAUAAUGCCCUGUUUCUUAGGUUUUUUGACGGGAGUUUAUCUAUCCAACGGCGAUUUCGAUUGGUUAAUAUUAUAACGUUAGCCAAUCAAAAAUUCUAGUGAACAUCUAUUUCUGAGCUUUCUCAGAAACCGGAUAUAACUCCUCCCCAUCUUUUCUUUAUAUACGACCCGGCUUUAUGUAUCUCUGGAUAUUUAUUUGUUAAAAUUAUUGUAUAAUGCACUAGAUUAUUCGAUACACAUAAUUUUUCAUGUAUUAAAGGUGUGCAAUUAUA